AUGGGAGUUGAAGAGAGGCACAUAGACAUGGAGGGGAAACCCCUGGCUGUGAUGGAGCUAGAGCCGCUGGACGAUGCCGACAUGCCUGCAGAGGAAGUGAGCGAAAUGUCAGAAGAAGAAAUGGCUUACAGAGAGGCUUUUCAGGAACCGGAUCCUGCUGCCUCUGCUGCUGCUGCUGAACUCUUUCCAGAGGAGGAGGAAGAAGAGGAGGAGGACAAGGUUGACGGAGAGGAAGAUUUCAAGCAGAAAUAUGAAAAUARUGUUCCAGAUGAGCAAGAAAUCAUGGAGUUGGAGCGUGAGUUAACAGGAGAGCAAAAUCCAGAAGACGCACCAGAUGCUGCAGUUCUGGUUGAGGAACCAGUGGACCCGGCGCCGCAGCAGACGAUGCCUCUGUCAGAAAACUAUUUCCCAGAGGGAGAGGCAGGAAUGGAGAUGUAUGGAAGGGAUGGAGCGCCAGAGCAAUUCCCAGAGGAGCAGGGAAUGGGAGAUGAAGGUCUUCCAAUGAUGAUGGGAGAUGAUUCACAAAGGCAAGGGGAGCGCUAUUGUACAGGUCUGAUUGUUGAUGGGAAGUGUUACCAGUUCUUCAAAGAACCGCUCAAUUACGAAGAUGCCGAGUUCAAGCCAUUUUCCAGCUUCAUGCAGCACCGCCACCUGUUUGCCGGCUCCACUCUGUGUGUUUGUGAGCUCAAUUCACCAAAGCUGUGA